AUGUCCGCGUUUGUUACUAAAGCCGAAGAGAUGAUCAAAUCCCACCCAUAUUUCCAAUUAUCCGCAAGCUGGUGCCCCGACUGCAUCUAUGCUAAUUCUAUUUGGAACAAAUUCAACGUAAAGGAUAAAGUGUUCAUUUUUGACAUUGGUUCUCUUCCAAGGAACGAACAGGAGAAAUGGAGAGUUGCGUUCCAAAAAGUUGUUGGUAGCAGAAACUUACCAACCAUUAUUGUCAAUGGUAAGUUCUGGGGCACCGAGAGUCAAUUGCAUAGGUUCGAAACCAAAGGUACUCUUGAGGAGGAAUUGGCUAAAAUUGGGCUUUUGCCUUGA